AUGGAUAAAAAAAAACAGGAUAAUAAAAACAAAAAGAACAUGAAGAAUGUAAAGGGCAACGCCAAGGCAGCAGCCAGCGGCAAUGACAAGUUGGCCAAGAAGAAAGGAGCCGCCAAGGAGAACAAGCAAAUGUACAAAGGAAAAGUUAAAAAGGGCCUGGGCAAACAAGUGGGCGGAAAGAAUCAGCAGGUGAAGAAGGGCGCCGCCGAGGAGUCCAAGAAGAAGAAGAAAAAAAUCAUCACGUCCAUUCGAUUUAAGCGACCCAAAACCCUCAAAUUGGCCAAAAACCCAAAGUGCCCCAAAAUUGUAAAAUCAUGCUACACAAAGACGCUGGACAAAUAUGGAAUUUUGAAAUACCCCCUGACGUCGGAAAAGGCGAUGAAGAAGAUUGAAGAAAUAAACACCCUCGUUUUUAUUUGCGACAAGAGGGCAGAUAAGAGGAAAAUCAUGAAGUCGGUCAAGGACCUCUUCGGAAUCAACUGCGAGAAGGUCAAUGUGCUCAACAGACUGAAUGGAGACAAGAAGGCAUACGUACGUCUUUCAAAGGACCAUGACGCUUUGGAGGUAGCCAACAAGAUUGGAAUUCUAUAA